AUGCCAAAGCCCGGCUUCAACGGAAACGGACGCCCCCUCAAUGUCGCUGCAGCAAGAGAUGAGAUCAAUAGAAUCCGCAGAGAUCAGGGUAUCAUCGACGACUACGACGAAAGCCAAAUUCGCAAGACAGAUUCGAGCUUUCAAGAAGACUACCGUCGAAGAGCUGCCGAGCACAGAGCCUUACACGCCCGAUAUACUAGAACCGUCGCCGAGCAGCUCUACUCGUCCAGAUUCAGGCUUAUUUACGAAUUGCUCCAAAAUGGAGACGACUCUUGUUACGCAAAUGAUAUCGAGCCCUCUAUUACGUUUCGAAUCAAGCCCUCCGAGCUCAUCAUCGAGUCCAACGAGCUGGGAUUCACACUCGAGAAUGUCGAAUCUAUUUGCGAUACUGGUAAAAGCUCCAAAGCCAGCAAUGCCGAUACUACUGGGGAGAAAGGCCUGGGUUUCAAAUCGGUAUUUGGCAUUGCUGACUACGUCCACAUCCAAUCUGGGCUCUGGUCUUUCAGGUUUGAGCACAGUCAAGGCGAAGAGGGCGUGGGAAUGAUCACUCCAGUGUGGACGGAUGUUACGUCUCUUCUACCUUCGAAUGUCGGGACGAGGUUAACACUUCGGUACUAUGACCAGCGCGACAUCUUCGCCACACGCCUCGUGUCUGAGUUUGAAAAACUACCCAGAACAAUCAUGUUUGCGCUACGCAAGCUGAAGAAGUUAGUCGUCGUCGUGGAUGGCGUUGCUGGACGAUCAGAUCGAAUAACUUUCGAGAAAGAUGGAGAUUUGAGAUCUGAUGAAAUACGCAUUAACACCACCGUGACCGGGAAUUUUGGCGCCCAUACGUCAGCGACAACAUGGCUCAGGCUGUUUCAAAACACAGUCAGCGACCUCCCCUCUGACACACAUCGUAUAAGCUCUGAGAGCGAUGUGACCGUCGCAUUUGAGGUGGAUUCAGAUGGCCUGCCCGUCAUUCCCGCCAACGGGCAGCAUGUAUUCGCUUAUCUUCCAGUACAGCGCAUUAUACAGCUCCCUUUUCUUAUAAACGCAAAUUUUAUCCUCACGGCUAAUCGUGAGAGUGUUCCUGAUACGGAUUGGAAUAAUGCAUUGCAAGAAGGAGUCUCUUCGGCGUUUGUCGGUUUGGUGGACAAAGUUGUUACCCCUGGCGACCCUCUGGAGUUUAAAUGGAUGCGCUAUCUCCCCCAAAGACUCAUGGAAGGCUUCUGGGAAUGUUUAUGGGAUGAUAUUCGGAUCGAGCUCUUGUGCAGUGACACACCCAUUUUACGGUCACGACGGGAUGAACUUCACAGCAUUGAGCACAUGAAAACUCUUCCAGACUGGUUCAUCCACGACAACGAGCCAAUCGUGGCGGACACGGACGAAGAUAUCUACUUAUCGGACGAUUAUGAAUCAAGCGAUAUAAGAAUCCUGAAAGACCUUGGGGUGGGGCAAAUCUCGGCUACACAAAUUUUGGAGAGAAUACAACUUGGUCUUUCACAAAGCGCGGAAACCCCAAUACAUCACAUACCACUGGAUGACUCGUGGCACACGGCCUUCGCUGCUCUCAUACAACGGCUCCUUAGGAAAAAAACCAUCAAGAAGGAUGUCGAGCAGUUAAGAAUCAUCCCAUUGGACGACAAUCGCUGGGUUUCACCCUUGUCCUUGCAUGUGGAUGCUGUAUAUCUACCAUAUCUUGUCGACGAAGACUCGGUGUCGAUAAAGGUACCUGAUCGUCUUGGGUUUAAGAAACUUCACGAGACGGCGGCUGCAGAUGGAGAGCGUGCGAGCUUCUACACGAGUCUCGGAAUUACCUCAUGCCACCCUGAUGCUGUAACAGCGAGGAUCCUUGAGAUGCACCAGUCAGGGAAGAGAACCGGAACGGUGUUCACGUUCAAAAUGGAUCUCGAAAUCCUCUUUUGGUUCGGAAAGCAACCGUCCCUGUCAACGCAGAGUCAGAUUCGUCUGAUACUUGUGAGCGAUGAAAACAAACCACUUCGAGGACCUUUCUUAUUCUUUCCUUCGGAAGAUAACUAUCACGCAGAGAAACUACUUGCUGCAACUCCGAAGGAGGAUUUGAAUAAAUGUCGUUACGGGAUUCUUGACAAACAAUACCUGAAAUCCCAAGUUUCCAAUCAUAUCCGCCAUGGUUUAGACUGGAGAUCCUAUCUUCAGAGAUGGGGGGUGAAAUGCUUCCCUGAUCUGGUACACGAAGUGUCCGCUGGAUGGAAGCUCCAUUCUCUGAUGGAGCUGAUUGCUCGAGAUAAUCCCGACAGCUUUGUCGCAAAUCUCAAAGCACAUUGGUCUGAUUACCGUGUUGAUGCAUCCAGAAUCAAGAACGACCUGAAGAAUGUUCGGGUACCAUGUCUGAAUGACUCCGCACAAAGGCUUUGCGACACUAUUCUACCAACGCAUGAAUUGAUGGAUAGGGGCCGAGACUCCAACCUAACCAAUCUCCUACCAUUCCUGAAACUACCUCGAGAUUAUGAUACCCAACAAUCCGAGGCUUGGUUGUUUUUGAAAGAGUUUGGAGUGAUCUGUGAAGUCAAUGCUAACUUUUACUUGAGAGCUAUGUACCUAUUAGCUGAUCUUGGAGAGGGCCACUUGCUACCGACGUGUGAGAAGAUCUACAGCGGUAUUGCUCAAACAACGGCAGUCGGAGACGCCAAAGCUGUACAGCAAGAAUUUGCGAAGCGACCGUUGAUCCGCUCGAAGAAAACCGAGGAAGCCUGGUACAGAUCAACUGAUUGUAUUUGGGAAGGUCCAAGCUUUCUCCGGGCGAAGCAGGUAUUGAGUCCGUUGUACGGAGCUAAUCAAUCUGCUUCCAGCUUCUUCAAAACCAUUUUGAAUAUGCGGGAUGUUAGCUAUAACGACUUGAUCGACGAACUCAAGAUGUUAUCAACGAAAGCAACAGCGGGAUCACGUCUAACCGAGAGCAAGGCGCCAAAAGUCUAUGCAGCUCUAGAUGCAAUGGCAAGCUCUGAGCCCGUGAUCGAGGCCAUUCGGCAAGAGUUCAAUGGUAACGGUCUGAUUUAUGUUGGUCAAAAGUGGCUGAAGCCUUCAGAGUGCUUGUGGAACUGUACUGUCGCCAUCUCCGGGCGUCUGCCACUGGACCAUGUAUACCCUCGGCUUCAAAAAUUCUUCGUCGACAAGAUGAAAGUCAGGACCAUGAAUAUCAACGUUCUUUUACAGGAGCUUGGAAGAACGGCGAAGAAGACUUCCCCCGACGUUGACGAGGUCAAGCGUAUCAUACUUACUAUUGGCGAAUUGUUAGCCUCAGAUCCUGAGGUAGAGGUCAACGAGGAGCAGCUGAGAACUUUGGAGAAAACGGCCUUUCUACCUGUCCGUGGCCCCAAUGGGUUGAAACUAUUUUCCGUGGAUCAAGCAUUCACCAUCAAUGACCAUCAGAGAUAUGGCCAGCUCUUCGAAAACAAAGCAAAGAUCCUUGACUUUGGUCACGAAGAGAUGACUUCGUUGUAUCCGUUGUUCACAUUGCUGGAUCUGGAUGAUCGCUUUCUCUCGGGCCUAGUGGAGUCAAAAACAACUGUGGACAAGUCAACUGCCCAUCAAGCUCUUGAACACUAUAUCAGAGACCGGGCAUACGCCUUGUCAUGCUGUGCCAACUACUACAAUAGCUCGGAAUAUUACAACCGGAAAACGACGAUGCAUGAGUUACUGUUGGCUGCAGAAGUAUUCGUCUGCGAAGAGAUGUGGACAGAGCUCGUGCUACCGGAGGAAUAUGAAUCAGUCACUGUUCAGAGUGAUCGAGCGGUGGUCGAUAUCUGCUUCCCUGAUGGGAAGUUGACGAUCUAUGUCCCAAGCGACUACGAUAGCCUUUAUUCUUGCUUCCACACAGAGCUUCCUCGAGAACUUGCAAAGGUACUUUCCAUCGAUAAUGAACGGGCAGUCAAGGUCGUCUAUCGUAUCUUGAAUGAUAACAAAAAAGAUUUGGAUACCAUCAUGAAGGAUGAGGACCUGCCGGAGUAUCCCUGGUUCGAAAAACCUGCGCCAUCGCUACAGACAGUGUCAUUUCCAGAUCUGGGUGAUACAGAACCUAACAGCAGCAGUAUGCCGACGCCUGCAUCGCCAACGGACGCAUCCUCUGACCACCACGACGACGACGACGACGACAACGACGACGUGGUCGUGACCCGGGUCGAUCAAAGGAGCACAGCACCAUAUUCCCGAGUUGAGAGCAGCAUUCCUUCUCCAGUCCACGUUCAGUCGACUGGUUCUCACCACACAAUCUGGGAGGAGGUGGCACGGGAUCAACAGUACAAAAGACUCUUGCGAGAAGUGAUCCGCCAAGCAAGGCGAGGCGGGCGAUCUCCUCAAAGGAGAGGAGGAUCGCUAUCGAUGGACGAAAUCGACGAAGCUCUAGAUGAACUUGCCCACCCACCAGCUGACUACGCAGCGUUCUACCGAGCGUUUGGCGAUACGGGGAACGGCAGAUUUGAAGAAAAUGCCCGGGUGGGCGCGGCGGGAGAACUAUAUGUAUUUGAGCUCCUCAAAGCCUGCGGAGUCACAAAUUUCAGCAUCGAUAAGUGGCAGAGCUCAAUUCGUCACUACGUGAACAUCCUCCCCGAAUACGCAGAUGAACCGUCGUGGCACGGCCGUGAAAUCUCGGAUAUCAUGUACGAAGGCAACUGUCCGCGGCUGAUGGAGUUGCUUCGAGAAAACACGACAUUCCCCUAUCCCGCCUGGCUUGGGCUUGAGUCCGGCGCGACGUUAAUGUCAACACCGGUGGUGAAUUAUCACAUCGAAGUCAAGACCACGUCCGGGCCCUGCAACACUCCGUUCUUCAUGAGCAGCAAUCAGUACAGGCUCAUGCGAGACAAAGCCUGUCCAAAUGACUCGACGACGGCCCCGCGAGAUCUGUACCUGAUCAUGAGAGUGUUCAACCUGUUCUCCAGCAGGAUUGGGUUGCAGGUGUAUGUUAACCCUUGGCAUCUCAGAGAGACAGCCCUGGAAUUCGUGGCGGAUCCGUGGAAGGUCGUUCCUAUGUGA